AUGUCUGGAGCGAACGUGAACGUAGCCAUCAUUGGUGCUGGGCUCUCCGGCCUCGCACUGGCGUUAGCAUUACACGACUAUGGUAUCUCCUGUAUCGUGUACGAGUCUCGCCCAGGCCCCCUCAAUAUUGGCGGAGCAGUUAUGUUGUCCCCAAAUGCCCUAAAAGUCCUCGAUGCCCUGCAUGUCUACGACGAUCUGAGGACCCAAGGAUUCAGCUUCACUGAACUUCAUUACAGAGAUGUCUCUGGCAAUCUUCUUGAGACAUACGAGUUUGGAAAUAAGCAAAAAUAUGGCUACGACGCUCUGCGAAUCUACAGACACGUUCUCAUUGACACACUGCUGGCAGAACUAAAGCGGAAGGAGGUCCCCAUAAAAUUCGGUUUCAAGUUCACCCAGAUUACAGAGGAGACUUCGAAUGCAGUUUCUUUUGCCUUCGCGAAUGGGUCUACUGGAACGGCGGACAUACUCGUUGGGGCAGACGGAAUACACUCGAGAGUCCGAAAGUACCUCUACCCGGAUCUCGAGCCCAAGUUCAUCGGAAUGGCAGGGACCACGGCUGCCGUUCCGACGGCCCAGCUGAAGUUACCACAAGGAUACCACCUACCAGUGACUAUUAUGUCCCCAAAAGGUGCUUUCGUCAUCGCACCUCAGCAACUGGAUGGAUCGGAGGUUCUUAUCGGAAAACAGCGGCGGGUGGCCGAGCAAGACCGUGCAGCCUGGGAGAAGACUCUGGCAGACAAUGAGUCCUCCGCCCGGUUCCUUCAACAGGAUCAAGAGCAGUUUCCCGACAUUGUCAAGAACGCCGUCUCGCAUAUAAACCCCGAUAAAAUCAACGUUUGGCCAUUCUUCGUCGUGCCCAAGCUCGAUAGGUGGGCGUCGGACAAACGCCGCGUGAUCAUUCUUGGCGAUGCUGCUCAUGCCAUUCCGCCUUCUGCCGGACAGGGCAUCAACCAGGCUUUCGAGGAUGUGUACAUCCUCGCAUUGCUUCUGGCACGGUCGGGCGAGAUUGCCAACUUGCAGAAUGCCCUGAGCUUCUGGCAGUCUUACAGACAAGGGAGAGUGGAUAAGGUGUUUGAACUGAACACGCAAAUUGACCUGCGGCGAAUGCCUUCCGACGAUACCGUCACUGGAGAUGGAAGCGAGCUUCAGAAGGAAGACUUUGAUUUGGAGUGGUUAUACAGGCCAGAUUUCAAGCAAAUCGUGGAUGAGUGGAUCCUCAAACAAAAAUGGUAG